CCUUACACCUGGGGACAGGUCUGGGGGUCUGGACGCUUGGGUUCCAGAAAGGGGGGGUCCCCAUACCAGUGCUGAAUGUAUAUCUGAUGCGUGUGACCCUCAUCCUCCUGUCCGUGUCCCCACUUAUCUGACCUCUUCUCCCCGUGCCCUUCCCCAGAACUGCCCUUGGGGGUCUUUCCCUGUCUCCUGGGGCUGGGGGGCUGCACUCCUAGACUCUUGCUAAUGGUCUCUUUGUAUCCCCCUCACCAUCAGAAGAGGAGCGCCCCAAACCUAGCCGUCCAGUGGUAACCCCCUUGAUUCCCCCCAAGAUCCCAGAGGGGGAGCGCGUGGACUUCGAUGACAUCCACCGCAAGCGCAUGGAGAAGGACCUCCUGGAGCUGCAGACCCUCAUUGAUGUGCACUUCGAGCAGCGCAAGAAGGAGGAGGAAGAGCUGGUGGCGCUGAAGGAUCGCAUUGAGCGGCGCCGGGCAGAGAGGGCUGAGCAGCAGCGCUUCAGGACCGAGAAGGAGCGCGAGCGGCAGGCCAAGCUGGCGGAGGAGAAGAUGCGGAAGGAGGAGGAGGAGGCCAAGAAGCGCGCAGAGGACGACGCCAAGAAGAAGAAAGUGCUGUCCAACAUGGGGGCCCAUUUCGGGGGCUACCUGGUCAAGGCGGAGCAGAAGCGAGGCAAGCGGCAGACCGGGCGGGAGACGAAGCUGCGGGUCCUGUCCGAGCGGAAGAAGCCCCUGAACAUCGAGCACAUGGGCGAGGAGCAGCUCCGGGAGAAGGCCCAGGAGCUGUCAGACUGGAUCCACCAGCUGGAGUCGGAGAAGUUCGACCUGAUGGCGAAGCUGAAGCAGCAGAAAUACGAGAUCAACGUGCUGUACAACCGCAUCAGCCACGCGCAGAAGUUCCGGAAGGGUGCAGGAAAGGGCCGAGUCGGAGGCCGCUGGAAGUGAGAACGCCUGGAUGUGACCGGGGGCGCAGGGAGCUGGCAGAGUUUCUCAUCGUAACUCGAAAUAAACGUUCU